UUCUCAGUUUUCUUCCCUACACUUUCUUGACUCAAUUUCUCAAAUGACUUUAACUUUUCCUUCUCAAACUCUCUCUUCAUCAUCCUCCCUUUGAUUUCCAAUCUCCUCUCUCUCUCUCUCUCUCAUGGAAGAAAACGAAAACGAAAACCAAUUAAAUGAAAAUUCAAAACUCAAUUCCGCCAUCCCCAUGAACAGAAAUAUUAAUACAUUUUCUUCCCGUGACGCACCCCCUCUCUUUUCGACUAUUCUCACUCUGUAUAUUCUAAUUCUCCUUUACUUCCCUCGCCUUUUCUUCAAACUCAUUCUCUCUCCGGUUCUCAUCCUCACUUUAACUCUUCUUCUCUCUAUCCUCCGGUUCGGUGCAACACAAAAACAAGAACAAACCCGAACCCGAACGCCAAGUAACUGCACUUCUGAAACCACCGAUCGAUUAUUUUCCGAUUCUAAUAAUUCACAUGAUCGUCAAGAUCACAAAUGGGCAUGCACCGAAACGCGUAUUUUUAAAGCUGACCCGCGUUUCGAAGACUCGUUCGUUGAGUGGAACGUGAGGGCUCCUUUGGAAGUGAUUUAUGAAGCAUAUGAAGAAGGUGAAGAAGAAGAAACCGAAGGAAAUAAUAAAGAUCCGAACCGGUUCGGAAUUGAGAGGUACCCAUCUUUGUCUUUGUACUACCCGGAAUCAGAUUCUGACUGUUCGUCGAACGGUGAUCAUCCGGGCAUCGAAGAGUGGGGUUGGGCGUGGGAAGAGGAAGAUAGAGAGGGGUUGAUAGAAAUAGCUCUUGAUGGUGUUAAUAGUAAUAAUAACAAUAAGAGGGAGAUGGAGUUGGAUUCUGUGGGGAAUUUUCAUGGGGAAGAAGAGAAAAAUUUGAUAGAGAUUGAUAUUUCAGGGGUAAAGCAUGAAGAGAAAUGGAGAUAUUCUGGGGAGAGUUAAUUAAAGGUGAUUAUGUUUAAUCAUAUUCUUUGGGAGAUAAGGUUGAAUGAAUUUUGAUAACGGGAGUUUGUUUACCGUUGUAUUAAACCAACAUUCAAAGUGCAAUUAAUCACAUAAUCCGAAGAUUUAAAUGUAGAGUCUAUGGACUAAUAUACCCUCUUUUUGGCCUUUUUUUAAGGGUUACGUGGCAGGUUGUUUGUAUUGAAGUGAAACUGACACCAAAAGGAAGAGAAAAAUGUAGCAUCAUAUUUUUUUAUUUGGUUUUUCAGUUUUCAUAUUGGGAA